CUUCGACCAUGAUAAGAACGAACAACUAGGGUUUUCGACGGUUCUCUCACGCAACACCCAAUUUGGACAUAUUCAACGUUUGGUUUUGGUUAAAGCAUCCAAUUUUCUGAAUUUCUUGUGUAAAUAGUCUUGUUUCGUCUUGAGAAUGUCCGAGGAAGAAUCGAUAUUUGACUCAUCGCUAAAGAAGAAGAAAAAGAAAAAGAAGACCCCUUUUGCCAUUGAUGCAGCUUUGGCGGAAGGCGGAGAUUCGGGAGACACUAAUGAAGGUAUGAGAGACAAGGAAAACCAGGAGCCAGAAGCUUUUAAUGCUGACGACGAUGAGACGUUAGAUCUAGAAUCAUUUGGAAAGAAAAAGAAGAAAAAGAAAAAGAAGUUCAAUCUUGAUGAACUCGAUGCAGCCUUGCCGGAUUUGCAACAAGAGGAUGUAUCAGAACCACAACUGGAGGAUCCGACAGUGGAUGAUAAUUUAGAUUUGGAUAUGGAUUUCUCCAAGACAAAGAAAAAGAAAAAGAAAAAAAAGGACCUUGAGGAAUUAAUCAACGAAGAAGAGAAGAAGGAAAUUGACGAUACUGAUAAUGUGGAGGAAACUAAUCAGUGGAUUGGAUCAGAUAGAGAUUAUACGUAUGAUGAGCUUCUUUUAAGAGUUUUUAAUAUUAUGAGGGAAAAGAAUCCUGAUAUGGUGGCCGGAAAAAAACAGAAGUUUGUGAUGAGACCACCGCAAGUAGUGCGCAUCGGCACGAAGAAGACAUCGUUUGCAAAUUUUACUGAGAUGGAGUUUGAACACCAACACCGACAUCUGUCAUUAAACUUCACGAGAGCGACCAACCUGCAAGCCUCUGAAUCUUAUAGAAGGGAAGUGGUAGCGAAAAUCAAAUAUGUGGCGAUCGAGUUGAUUUCCUCUAUUUGAAUAGGCUUGGGUUAA